AUGAAAAAGAAUUAAAUAGCAUCUAAUAAAUCUAAUAGAGGAACUUUACAAAUCUUAAACUUCAGGAAUUUAAUUUUAACAAGACAAGUUUGUUAUGAUAUUGUGGAAUAUAACAAAUUACUUUAAAAAGUGGAAAUUUUGUUCUAAUUUAGUUCGUUUUAGGAAGGUGAGAGAUCAGAGACUAGUAGAUUUAUUAAGAAUAUGCAAAAUCAUAUUAAUACUCAAACAUCAAUUUUUUUUUGGAUAAGAGCUGAUAGUUUUAUGACAGAUUAUAAUUCAGAUAAAUAAAUAGAAAUAAAAAUUGAAUUCUUUCUCAUAGCAAUUAUAUUGAUUUUUAAUCAAAAUAAAUCUUAAUAUUUUAUAUUUUUAAUGUUAAACAAUAUUUAUGAAAGAAUAAUAGUUGCAUAUACUUCUAUCGAUCAGAAUUAAAGAAUAAGCGCUGAAAAAGAUUUGAAUCUGCUUGAAGAAUAGGAUGCUAAUUUAUGUGGUUAUUUAUUGGAAUUGAUAUAGACAUAAUAAUAGAAUAGCUAGAUUAAAUUUUUCACAAUAAUCCAUUUAAAAAAUGUUAUUAAACGUAGGUGGAAAGCUUUUAAAUAGAUGGUUGGUUGUGAGAAAAGAUAAAGUAUUUGACUUUCUUAUUUUAGACUAUUUUGCAGAAAAUUAGAAAAAUUAAAUCAAGGAAUUAGUAUUAUAAUUCUACUGUUAAGAACAAGUAGGUCAACUCAAAUAGGAAAUUUUAUAAAUUUUAUAUGUAAAAUAUAAAUUGAAAUAUGUAGGAAAUCUGCUCAAGUGACUACCCUUUUAAAUAUCCAUUAUUAUUAAAAUAUAUUAAUCAAUAAUUGGAAGUGAAUAAUUUGGAUGAACAAUUAUUAUAAUUCCUAAAACAAAUAUUCAAAAUUAUGCCUAAAAAUCAAUAAAAAAAUGAUUAAUAUAAUUGCCUAUGGUCAAAAAUUGCCACAUUAUGGGUCAGAGCUGAUAAUCUAAAUAAUUAUACAUAGUAAUCUUUGCUUCUACUUGAUAAAAUGUUUACUAAUUUUAUCUUAUCCUAUCAUUCAAAUGUUUUUAAAGAUGAAAUAUAGUAAAUUUUUAGUUCAAUGUUACAAAAAAUUGCCAUCUUAUUAUAAAGCGACUCAUAAUAAUAAUAUCAUAAGAAUAUUACACAUUUAAUUUCUAAAUGUUCUAAAUUGGUUGCUAAUUACCCUUUUUAAAUAACCUAAAAUUUACCAGAUUAUUUGUAAAUGUUAAGUAUAACAAUAAAUUCCAAUAAAAAAAUUAUUACUAAAGGAGGUUUAAUUUCCUUUAUAAGAUUCCUUAAACUAUCAUAAUUUUUUUUAACUGAUGAUUUAUUGUUGCUUAAUAUGAAAAAGAAUACUGAGUAGGAGAAAUAAUUAGUCUUAAAAGAGAAAUAAGUAGUUGAUACAAUUGUAAAGUAAUUUUUUGAAAAAGAGAGCCAAAACUUCAUCUAAAGAUUUUUAACAUUAAUAACUUCAUCAAAUGAAAUCAGUAUUGAAGACAUGAUUGAAUAAGAAGAAGAAAAUGAAUUUGAAAAAAUUUUGCAUCCAAAAGAUGCUGAAAUUUUUAGUUUAGCAUUGAUUGCUGCGGAACUUCUCAUCGUCAGAGCUCCAUCAAUUUGUUCAAAUUUACUUUAAGGAUAUAUUGAUUAGACAAUUUAAGCAUAAUUUUAAAUAAAUCCAAAUGUUUUAGAAAGUUUAUUGAUACUCAUUGGUUUAAUUCCAAGAAUCUAAUCAAAGCUAAAAUUCUAAUUUUAAAUCUAAUAUCCUAUAAUUAUCUAAUACUUGCAAACGUCAAAUCAACUUCAUCAUUAAAGAAGAUUAUCUAUUCUAUUAAAUAGAUUAAUUCUUAUUUUAGAUCAGAAUUAAAUAUUAUCUUCUCUAUAAGUAGCAGGAAAUCUAUUAUCUACGUCUCAAGACAGCAUAAUUCAAUAUCAAUCAUUACUUUGUAUAAAAUAGGUGGCUGCUAAUUAUUAAGGAAACAUCUAAUGGAGUUAAAUAUUGGUUACGGUCUGCCCAUAUAUAGUUGCACUUCUUAAGUGUCUAAAAAGAACAACAAUUAUCACACCUUUGUUAGAUUUGCUCUCUAAACUAAUUGAAAAAUGUCAAAGUGAAUCAACAGAAGUUGUGGUUCGUGCAAUAGAAAAUAGUGGACUUUUUUAAUUGAUGUAAUCAAAAUUUUAAGAAGCCGAGGAAAAUUUAUUGAUAAUUGAUUAGGUUUGUUAGAUGUUGAAAACCCUAAUUGUUGCGUAUCCUCUCGGAACUAAAAUCCCACACAUAUUCUAAAUGGCUCUUGUACUAGUUGUUAAUAACAUCAAUUCAAAAUAAGCAUGUAUUUUGGAGUUAGCGCUGUUACUUUUAAGAGAAUACGAUGAAUAGUUAUAAAAUUUUCCUAUUGAUCAAUUAAUAAGCAUCUUAUAGUAAAACUUAGAAAGUUUAUUGUCUGAUACCUCAUAAAUAAAUUCUUGCAUAAUUAUUUCAAUUAUUGAAGAAUUAUAUUUAUUGAAUACUUUUUCAUUGAAUGAUUUCUCCAAUCACAUACCGUAUUUGGAAUCUAGGUAUUCAUAAAGGGAUACAAAUGUGAAAAAUUCUGUAUUAGGUCUUACAACAACUUUGAUUUUAAUGCUCUUGAAUAAUAAUAGAUAGGACAUAGCAAUAUUUUCAGGUUUAAUUUAGGUGAUACUGAGUGAUUUAUUAGAGCCAGAAAUGAACGAAAUACUUGAAAACAAAUUUAGAAUCGAAAUUUAAAUUGUCAGCAUACUAAACAGAUUUAUAAUUUUAGCAAGAGAUAAUUUCUUCUCAUUUGUUUAAUAAAAUAGCAUCUCUUUUGAAAAAUAUAUAUAAAGUUGGAUGAAAAAAUCAGAAAUAUUGGAGUCUGAAAAAUCUAUGUAAUUUAAUAUAAUUAUAUCCUAGAAAAUUAAAUGUAAUAGCAUUUUUACUAAUAAUUGACUAUGUAUAACCGAAUAUAUUCAUCUAAUAUUUUACUUAAAUUGCAACAUAAUAUGCCAGAUUUUCAAAAAAGCAAUUUAUUCAAAAAACUAUUACAGUACUUACUCCAAAUUAAAGACUUUCAUAACAUAGGGCAAGCAUUAGAAAAGAAAAGAUUAGAAACACUUAAAUGCAUAAUGAACACAAUCUUCAACAAUUUUUUAAACAAAAAAUUUAAGAUUAUAUUCUUAAGCAUAAUUUAUCAUAAGACCUAACAGUUAUUUAAACUUUAUAGAUGAUCUCAUGA